CUCCAGAUUUCCAUCUGCUUUCCACUCUCAGUGACAGGGAACAGACGGCAAGCUCAUGCACUUGAAAGCUGUUGUAAUUUGUAACCAUGACUACUGAAGUUGGCUCUGCUUCUGAAGUGAAGGACUCUGACCAGUUGGGAGCUGGUACAACCAAGGAGAAAGCUAAAGAGGUGGCAGAAAAUCAGCAGAAUCAGUCAUCCAGUCAAGAGGAAGGUAAAGGCUCCCAGCCUCUUCCUGCAGCUGAAAACCAAAGCAGUCUUCGCCGCCAGAAGCGAGAGAAGGAUCCAUCUGAGAGCAGAGGGAUUUCUCGGUUCAUACCCCCAUGGCUUAAGAAACAGAAGUCCUAUAACUUAGUGGUGGCCAAAGAUGGAGGAUCUAAGAAAGAGCCUCCCCAAGGUGUCGUGGAAGACCAAGUCUUAGAUAAAGAGGACUCCCUUCCUGAAGAAGAGAGACAGGCCAACAGCAAUGCUGAUGAUGCAGCCCAGAGGACACAUGUGGAGGUGAAGGUGGAUGUCCAAGAAGACAAGCCUGUAGUAGGCAGUGCCGAGAUGCAGCCUGCUGAAAAAGUAAAGGAGAGAGAAGAGAAGGUUAAGGGCACACAGGAAAACAAAUUAGAAGGAGAAGCAGCAAACAGGGAGACCAAGGAAGUGCAGACCAAUGAGCUGAAAGCAGAGAAUGCCUCUCAGAAAGCCAGCAAGAAGACCAAAACUGUCCAGUGUAAAGUGGUCCUCCUGGAUGGCACCGAGUACAGCUGUGACCUGGAGAAACGUGCUAAAGGACAAGUAUUAUUUGACAGUGUAUGUGAACACCUCAAUCUCUUGGAAAAGGACUACUUUGGACUUUUGUUUCAGGAAAACCCUGAGCAGAAAAACUGGCUGGAUCCUGCAAAAGAAAUAAAGAGACAACUGCGAAAUCUUCCCUGGCUGUUCACUUUUAAUGUGAAGUUUUAUCCUCCUGAUCCUUCUCAGUUGACUGAAGAUAUCACCAGAUACUUCUUGUGCCUUCAGCUCCGGCAGGACAUUGCCUCUGGCCGCCUGCCUUGCUCCUUUGUAACUCAUGCUCUUCUGGGAUCCUACACACUGCAGGCUGAACUUGGAGACUACGACCUGGAAGAACAUGGCAGUGUUGACUUCAGUGACUUCCAGUUUGCCCCUACCCAGACUAAGGAGCUGGAAGAGAAGGUGGCUGAGCUGCAUAAAACCCACAGAGGCCUGUCUCCAGCACAAGCCGAUUCCCAGUUCUUAGAAAAUGCAAAGCGGCUUUCCAUGUAUGGUGUGGACCUGCACCAUGCCAAGGAUUCAGAAGGUGUGGACAUCAAGCUGGGUGUGUGUGCUAAUGGCCUUCUCAUUUACAAAGACAGACUGAGAAUCAAUCGUUUUGCUUGGCCGAAAAUCCUGAAAAUUUCCUAUAAGCGCAGUAAUUUCUACAUUAAAGUUAGGCCAGCAGAGCUGGAACAGUUUGAGAGCACCAUUGGAUUCAAACUACCAAACCAUCGGGCAGCGAAAAGACUAUGGAAAGUGUGUGUGGAGCAUCAUACUUUCUACAGGCUUGUGACUCCAGAGCAGCCACCAAAGGCCAAGUUCUUGACCUUGGGGUCCAAAUUCUGCUAUAGUGGCCGCACUCAAGCUCAGACUCGCCAAGCAAGCACCCUCAUAGAUAGACCAGCACCACAUUUCGAGCGCACAUCUAGUAAACGAGCUUCCAGGAGCUUAGAUGGAGCUCCAAUUGGUGUGGGGGACCAAAUUCCUGCAAAGGAUUUUCCUGGUGUUGCAGGGGCAGCCUUGGCAUAUGGCCCAGGUGUUGUGGGUGCUGCCGUGCUGCAGGAUGUCCGGAGCCCAGCCAGAGCCCCACAUUAUCAGCUCUCUGAAGGAAAGAAAAAUUCCUUGAGAGUAGAAGGGGAUAAUAUUUAUGUCAGACAUAGCAAUUUAAUGUUGGAGGACCUGGAUAAAGCCCAGGAGGACAUACUGAAACAUCAGGCUAGCAUUAGUGAACUCAAGCGCAAUUUUAUGGAAUCCACACCUGAGCCGCGCCCUAACGAAUGGGAAAAACGACGUAUCACACCUCUGUCCCUACAGACUCAAGGGAGAAAAGGAGACCAUCUUUUCAAGGAUAUUUUAUCCAUGAAGGAGAAGUACCUGGUGACAACCACACAGACAGUUGAAGAAAAAGCCCAGGAGGCAGACAAGAGCCUAGAAGAGGAGAUAACAUCAAUUUUGUUUAGUGGAAAGGGGUUUUCUGAUAGCAUGAAGGCCACCUUCCCUUCAGUCGCCACUUGGACAGCAGAGGGCGCAGUUGUGAACUCUAAUGCACCUUCUAGAGAAAAGCUUUCCUCCUCCUGGCUCUUCUCACAUUUGCCUGAGACACGUGCUCCCGCGUCAGAAGGGCCUUGCACUGGAGCCAGGGAUGCUGUUAAGAGUUCACAUGAGACUCUGAAUAUAGUGGAGGAGAAGAAGCGGGCAGAGGUUGGGAAAGAUGAAAGAGUAAUCACAGAAGAAGUGAAUGGUAAAGAGCUAACACCUGGGAGUGGUCCUGGGGAGAUGCGUAAGGUGGAGCCUGUGGCACCCAAAGACUCCACCUCCCUGUCUUCUGAGAGCAGCAGCAGCAGCAGUGAGAGUGGGGAGGAAGAUGUGGGCGAGUACCAGCCCCAGCAGCAGCAUGUGACCGAGGGCAUCAUCAGGGAGGAGGAGGAGGAGGAGGAGGAGGAGUGUGACGAGCAGGCGGAGGAAGCGCCCAGCAAAGCUGCCCAGAUAGUGGAGAGGGAGGAGGCAGUACCCGAAGCCAGCCUGGACAGAUGCACAGGGGCCGGUGUAGGCGCAGCAGACACAGAGGCCCAGGACCAUGUAGUUGGCCCCAAGGGAUCUUGGGAGAAGAGUGUGAACGAAAGCACUGUUCAGCAAGAUGGGAGAGAAGAAACCGAGGAAGAGCGACAGAAAGUUAACGGAGAGGUGUCUCAUGUUGACAUUGAUGUUUUGCCACAAAUUAUUUGUUGUUCAGAGCCACCAGUGGUAAAAACAGAGAUGGUAACAAUUUCUGAUGCCUCACAGAGAACAGAAAUCUCCACCAAGGAAGUCCCCAUUGUCCAAACUGAGACCAAAACCAUCACAUACGAGUCUCCACAGAUUGACGGUGGGGCUGCUGGUGACUCGGGCACAUUACUGAGUGCACAAACCAUCACAUCUGAGUCCAUGUCGACAACAACAACCACUCACAUCACCAAGACUGUGAAAGGUGGAAUAUCUGAAACGAGAAUUGAGAAACGCAUUGUGAUCACAGGAGAUGCAGAUAUCGACCAUGAUCAGGCGCUGGCUCAGGCAAUCAGGGAAGCCCGAGAGCAGCACCCUGACAUGUCAGUCACAAGAGUAGUUGUGCACAAAGAGACAGAGCUGGCAGAGGAAGGCGAAGAGUAACAAAGAAAGUGAUCUUUUUAACAACAUUAAACUUCAUGAACAUGAAGAAUUUUGACAGUUUCAAGACUUAAUGCCAUACCACUACUCCAGCAAAUUUGUGCUACAACUGGUAACAAUGACCAGAAGCCUGAAGAAUUAAAAUGCCAACACCAAAUCUUACCUUAACAGCUCUGGUCUAUACUGUUUGUGUGUUUUUAAUAUGUUACUUUGUUUUAUAACCACUUCUAAAUAUUCUUGGUUCUCUCCCCCACCCCAUUAAGGGAUUUUAUUUUUGUUUUCUAUUUACUUUGUGUACAACUACCUGCUUUUUAUAACUUGUUUGCUUAUAUGACAGUGAACAAAGCCAGUGUGGGCUGGUAAGGUGCUGUUCACUCGAACAGGUGCUGUUGUGCAGAAGGGAAGCUCUGUGACUAGGUUAGGUGGUGGUUUCCUCCUUCCAGAUUCUUCCCAUUGAAUUCUUACAGUAAAUAUUUACAGAGUUUUCAGAUUGCAGUGAAUAUACUGUCUGAGAAAAUAUUAAUACCAAUUAAAAGCAUUUCUUACAUCUUGAAAAUUUUCUAAUGUUUUGAGAAUUUCACUGGAGUGUUUUUUGCAUUGAACCCCUUUGACUUUCCAGUCUUGUGGCUUUGUACUUCGACUGGAGAAUUACAAAGCUCACUGACCACGCGUUGUGUCCAGAGACCCUGUGGCGCUACAGUGCCAGUGCUUCUCAAACACAUGCUCUCUGAUAGCAUCCAGAGCAGGAGUGAGAAGAGAGGCAGCCAUUCCUUCCUUCCUACUAAAAGAGCCAGGCAGCUUAGAACCUUAGUGCUUUUUCUCUUAACAUUUCCCAGUUCCAGUUCUUUCCAUUAUCUGAACACAUGGGUAAAGCCUUGCUUUUUAUUAAACUUCUUGCCUAUAUGUAAAACUCACCUUGUGUUAUUGAGCGGAUAUAUCUCUUUCAAACAGCUUGAUGACUCAUACAGAUUGAGAAUAUUGGGGAGAGGAGUGGGGGCCUCAGUGAAUUUUGGUUGAUUAUAAGAAAGGUAAGCCAUUUAAAGCUGACAACAGAGACCUGAGAGGGACUUAUUAACUGUAUCGAACAUUCUCCCCUUGCUUUCGACCCUGUGUAUAGCUAUGAGGCCAUAUUUGAUUUAUAGCAGCUUCAAGUUGUAUUAAAUGAUAUUUUGCUUUCUGUAAUACUGUUAUAAAAUAAAGUUUGUUUAUUCUCUAAGCCUGUUGCUUCUCUUUUUAUAAAGAUCUUAAAAAAUAAACUUGAGUGAUUUUUUUUUUCAGCAGCAAAAGCCCUAGUAUUGUAUGGAAUGCAGCAUUGUGCACUUCUUUUUCAGCUCUGUUUUAUAACUUGACAAUGGUGCCAGCAUCACUGAUUUGAAAUGGUGAGAGCAGUGUUGAAAGUUUGCAAACUAAUGUUCAGCACACUGGAUUCUUUCUGCCUGCUUAAAUAAUACACCCUGGCUACUAUAUAUCCUCCAAGGGAUAUUUUUGCUUGCUUACUUUGUGUGUUGUUUUGUUUUCAAGAAAUAUUUUAGUUGUCUCAUCUGCAUCCUAUUUCACAUGUCCACUGUGCCUGAAUUUGUCAAGCAAACUGGACUCUGCUGAGGGCCAUGUCCAAAUGUAGUGUGGGAAGCCUUUGUUAAGGCACGUAAGACUGUGGGCUUAAUUUUCUUUUAAACAUUGUACAGCAAAUGGCCAUCAGGGUAUAUUGCAUUUUGAAAUAUUCUCUCUGUAGCCGUUUGAAGUGAUUGUGUUAAAUAUCGUUUGCAUAGCUGUCAUCUUGGAGAUCUGUUCCCACUAAGUUAUCUCAACUUGUGAAAGGCCUUUCUCACUUUCUGUGUAAUUGUUGCAAAAACAACUCUCUGGAGAAGCCUGUCUCUGCAAGCGAAGCCUUGGAAAUAUUGUGGAACCAAGUAUGAUUCUGUAAAUACAUUUCUCAUCACAGAUCUUGUAGAUGUAACAUUUUUAUUUAAAUCUCAGACCUUCCCAGGGGCUCAAGAGCUGUGUUCUUCUCUCUGUCUAAUGAAAGCAACCUGAUAGAAUGUCUGGCUGGAGCGCCAUGACAUGAACUAGAAAGUGCCGUGUGCCGUCAGAGCUCACUUUUUCUAGCAGAGACAGCAAGGGCAAGCAAGGACAGCCAGGGGUCCUGGAGGCAUGUCCAGGAUCUCUGGGGACUUAGCACCCAGAGAAGUAUUCUGAGCAGCGUUGGGAAUUAUUCCUGUGUGUGUAUCAGCAUGGCUCUCUCACUGAGCAUUUUACAUUGCAGGUUGUCACUGUCUCCCUGGUAAACAGCUUUCAAAGCCUUUCAUGGUAAAUAGAGGAGACUGACAAGGUUUUCAGAUACAGAUUGGAAAAGUUUUCAAAUGGUAUUUUUAAAUUUCUGGUCUAUUUGAUGGUAAUUAUAAAUAAAAGUUUUUUAAUUCAUGUUUCCUCCUUUAUUCUGUCACCCAUAAGCUGAGAUAGUGUGCCAUGGUAUAAAUUUGAUGGAGACUUGGAGGUCUCUUAUAAAAAUCUUUGCAAGUCAUUGGCAGACCCUCUGACAACCCCCAGUCAUCAGAUACCUGGCAUAGUCAACAACAGAAAUGCAAACCUUCACAGCUUUGGGUUCUGUAACAUAUUCUUUGGUAAAUUUUCACAAAUAAUAGCAGUGUGAUGAAAAUUAAGUACCCACUGAGUUAUUGGAAAUACAUUUAUCUCUAAUGGGGAAUUCUUUCAGAAAAUGGAACAUUA